AUGACUUUAGUACCAUCAUGUGAUGCGGCGAUCGAGGAGGGCAAGUGCAUCUUCUACAACAUCCGCAACUUCGUCCGGUUCCAGCUGUCGACGUCGAUCGCGGCGCUGUCGCUCAUCGCCCUCGCCACGCUCAUGGGCGUCCCCAACCCACUCAACGCCAUGCAGAUACUGUGGAUCAACAUCAUCAUGGACGGUAGUACCAUGCACUUAUCUACCACGAGGGUGGUCGUCGCCGGCCCCCGAGACACCUCGCGCCGCAUCAUAUCCCGAGGGCUGCUGUUCAACGUGCUGCUGUCCGCCGCGAUCAUCAUCGCCGGCACCUUGUGGGUGUUUAAUAGAGAGAUGUCGGACAACAAGAUAACGCCGCGCGACACGACAAUGACGUUCACCUGCUUCGUGCUGUUCGACAUGUUCAACGCCCUCUCGUGUCGAUCGCAGACCAAGUCCGUGUUCCAAGUGGGCUUGUUCUCGAACAAGAUGUUCCUGAUAGCGGUGACGCUGAGUCUGGUGGGACAGGCGCUGGUCAUCUACUUCCCGCCGCUGCAGAGGGUCUUCCAGACCGAGGCUCUGACUUCACACGACAUAAUGUUCCUCAUUUGCCUGACGUCGAGCGUGUUCAUAGUGAGCGAAGUGAAGAAACUUAUCGAACGCACGUUGAAGAAGCGAUCGUUCGGCAAGUUCUCGACGAAGGCCCACGACGCGAUGGACUUCGUAUGACACAAGUCCGAGGAGAAAGUGCAGUAAGUACCCACCAUGCGGACUGUGGGCGUGGCCGCGACCGCUGCCGGCCUGACAGCGCCUGUCACGCUGACAGCGACUGUCACGCUGACAGCGCCUGUCACACUGACAGCGACUGUCGCGACGGCACCGACGCGGCCUCGAGGCAGGACGGGUGUGACCGAAGCGGUUGCGAGUUUAGUGAACAGUGCCAGUGCCGCGGACCUUACUCCAUAUACGAUGGAAAAUCGAUAUUCCUAUACGUUUGUAGUUUAUUUAUUUCGCGUCGUAUUGUUGUUUGUGCGUGGCUUACAUUUUUAUCGAUUAAUUUAUUUUUAUUAUAAUAUGUAGUAGUGAGGUAAGUGGUAAUUGUGUUUGAUCAAAUCAUGUCGGGCCGACUGUUUAAGACCGCAUUUAUUGUGUUACCAACUUUGGUCGAAAAUUAUUUGUACAAGUUUUGGCCUAAAUUGUAGGCAAACGUCUAAAGUGUAGUCUGUGUAAUUUAAAAGUACAUAUUAAUGAAAUAAAUGUAUACUCAUAAUAAGAUCCAAGAGGUUCUAAUGUAAUAUCGAUUAUCUCAUCGAUACAAUGACAAUGUCGAUAUAACCGUCGGCACGACACGAUACAGUGGGUAAUGACCGGUGCGUGCUUUAUAAAUAAUGUAGCAAAAUUGUAUUAUUAGCGAAAAUUAUAAAAUGUCGUGAAAGUUACAGAUUAUGUAUUAUGUGAAGGGUUAUUGUCUGUGGUAAAUCGAUAUAAUCCCAAACCUCGGAUAAUAUCCUUAUGAAUGUAUACAAAAUAGAAAAUUGAUAAAUUGCUUUACAAAUAUCGUUUAUUCACAGCUUCGAUAUCGAUAAAUAUCUAUGUAGAAGUGAAACUCUAUGCAUAUACUUUGUCGAUGCUAUUUCUGAAGGCAUCACUCUGUUGUUAAGUUUCUUUAGGAUGAUUAUUGUGAGAUGAUGUAGAAUGAAAAAUAUAUAGCUUCAUAUUAGAAAUGAAAAUAUUUGGUGUAAGACUACGUUAAAUAGGUAUGUCUAUUAGAAGUUCUCUAGAAUGUCUUUACGAUUGUCGACUCUAUCGACUAUGUAUUAAAAGCUAUAUGUAUGUAUUAUGACGUUACAAAAGUAUAUUGUCAGUGGAACCGUUUGAGAACUGCGGUUUGUGUUAAACUUCUCAUCGCAGUAUCACGAUUUUAUAAUAGAUUCUACAUUUCAUCUACGCUAGUGCUAUAUGGGCUUUAAUUCAUUUCAAGAUAUUCAUAAAUAAAUUUCAUGUAAUUAGAAUUAUGAUAAAAGUAUUUCAAUAGCAGUAUGCAUUUGUAAAAAUAAUAUCGCAUCAUUCCGAACGAUAAAUUAUUCUAUAGACACGCUAGGUACUUGCAUUUUUGCAUCGACAACAUAUAAACGCACUCACGUCUAUUUCAUAGAUUUAAAGGUAAUAUAUCGCAUGUACAUAUACGCGUAUCCCUUAUUCAUAGACGUUAUUUAUCUAUCGGAGCAUUGCUCUGAUAACAAGUCUGUUUCUCAGUGCUGACGGCAUGAGCCUUCACAGUGUGUAGACACAGCCGUUGUGAUUGGCUAAUAUUGAGAUACAACUUGAAUCUAGUUAGCUGUCGAAUAAACAAAGCUGAGAAACAGAUUUUGUUAUCACAGCAAUGCUCCGAUAGAUAAAUAACGUCUAUGAAUAAGGUGGGUAGAUGAUUCGAUUUUAAUUUAUUUUUAUACCACGAGGUAAAUACGAGUAUUAUGUGUUGUGUCGUAUACACUAGCUGACAGUACUAAAAGUACACGAUAUUCACUGCUUUAAAUGUAUUUCGCUUAUCAGAAUAUGUAUUACCGCCAUCGGUGAUUGUGAUGUACAAAAAUAGAAAGAAAUUAAGUGCUUUA